GGCUAAUGAUGAUGAGUUUUGAUGGUGUAGUGACUGACUACCAAUCAGACUGACAUUCAUAAAGCCAAAUAAAGGCAUUUAUCUUAGAAAAUAAUUUGCUGCCACAAAAUGCUUUUGAAAUGCAACACUAAUUUGUAUAGGAAGUAAUAAAUACACAGCAUAUGGCAUUCAUUUAAACCUUAAACACUUCCACACUUGUCCAGUUGUGCUUCUGUGGAUGCUUUGCCUGUAUUUGGCAUUGUUUUAGUUAUGCAAGGAAAUGCAUCAUUUGUAAAUUCUGCACAGACAUUAUUUCAUAUGCAAAAGCAGCUCUUAGGAACAAUAACUUCACAUUCUCUCUUUCGCUCUCUCUCUGAACACCUGCUUUUAGGCCAGGGAUUAGUCGAAAGUGAGUGAACCAACAGCACAUUGUAGAUUGCAAGCAUUCCGUGAACACAAGAGACUUCUGAUGCCAUCUUAUUCAGUUGGCAGGGUUGAGUGACAAGGCACAGCAGAGGAAAGCCAUCCGGUAUAUCACUGGAGGUCACACGUAUAUGACUUGGCCCGAACUGCGGCGUCUAAAUGAAGUGGCCCAGUCAUGCAAUGUUCCUGGAAGGCAGUGCUCCUGCUGGCCUUGGCCUCCGUCGCCAUCCAGUACACCGCCAUCCGGACGCUCACCUCCAAGCCCUUCCAGCUCUGCCCCAUGCCAAGCCCCCAGAACUGUGGCCUCCCGGGUGGCCCCGAGACAGAGCCCCCCUUCGAGGGGCGGGGUGGCUGCGAUGACUCACCCUACUUCAACUUCAGCGCCUCCCGUAAGACCCACAUCCUGGUGCUAGCGACAACGCGCAGCGGCUCCUCCUUUGUGGGCCAGCUGCUCAACCAGCAUUCCGACGUCUUUUACCUGUUUGAGCCCCUCUACCACGUCCAGACCACCCUGAUCCCUCGGCUGUCGCACAGCCGCAACGCGGCCGACCGCAGGGUGAUGCUGGGUGCCAGUCGCGACCUCCUGCGGAGCCUCUACGGCUGCGACCUCUACUUCCUGGAAAGCUACAUCAAGCCGCCGCCAGCCAACCACACCACGGACAAGUUGUUCCGGCGGGGGGCCAGCCGGGCGCUGUGCUCGCAGCCCGUGUGUGACGCCUUCGGCCCGGCAGACGGCAACGUGGAGGAGGGCGACUGUGUCAAAAAGUGCGCUGCCCUGAACAUGAGCCUGGCGGCGGAUGCCUGUCGCGAGAAGCGCCACGUGGCGAUCAAGAUUGUGCGCGUGCCGGAGAUCGGAGACCUGAGGGCACUGGUGGAGGAUCCGCGGUUGAACAUCAAGGUUAUCCAGUUGGUGCGGGACCCUCGCGGAAUCCUGUCGUCGCGGAUCGAGACUUUCCGGGACACAUACCGCCUGUGGAGGAUCUGGAGAGCCACGGGCCGAAGGCCCUACAACCUGGACCUCAGUCAGCUGACGGUGGUUUGCGAGGACUUCCUCAGCUCAGUGUCCACAGGGCUCAGUCACCCCCACUGGCUCAAGGGGAAAUACAUGCUAGUGCGUUACGAGGACCUGGCCAGGAACCCGCUGCUGAAGACCAAGGAGAUCUAUCAGUACCUGGGCCUGCCAAUGGACAAGAACGUGGAGGAGUGGAUACGGGCCAACACCAGGGGCAGCACCGAGCUUUCAGCCAAACACAAGUACGGCACGGUGAGAGACUCUGCGGCGAACGCGGAGAGCUGGCGCUUGAAGCUGUCAUACGACAUGGUGGAGUAUACCCAGACGACGUGUCACAAGGUGCUACGCCAGCUGGGCUACAACGCAGUGAAGUCAGCCGAGGAUCUAAAAAACAUGUCGCUCUCACUCGUGCAGGACAAAACUUUUGUACCUUUUUCGUAAUAAAGAUAGUUCCUGGAAGACUAUUUUUUAUAUAUUUAUAAAUGUUGCCUUAUUAUUUUAAUGUUGGAUGUUUUGGUUUUUUUGUCUUUGAUUUAGUAUUUGCACUACAACUUAGGAACCGUUAAAGUGUGUGGGGCGUUUCCUUGUUGACAUAGGAGCAGCACAACAUUUUUCAUUGAAAGGAAAGAAAGAACAAUGUUCAGCAGUUUACAUGUGUAAAUUCAACUCUGAAGGAUUUCAAAAUAAGGACAGUUAACGUAUACUGAUAGCGACCAAAACAAAAUGCAAAGCACCAUCCUCAUAGGUUUCCUGUUUGCCAGCUCUUGCGUCAACGCAAGUGAAUGUUGCUGUUUCACCUCGGGGUGACUGGGUCUACGUAGGACAGAAAACAGGAUUUUUUUUUUUUUUUUAUAGGACAUGUGAUGACAACGUUAGACUGUACAAGACCAACUGUGCAAUAAAUGGUGAAUGUCGCAGUGAACCUUUACCAUAGUGGUCUUUCUGUCAAGGGGGAAUGGGGGAAUACUGAUGAUGACAAAAGGUAACCUAUGACAAUAACUACACACCCGGUUUAAGGGACUGAAUCACAGGAAGUCGUAUGAAUGUUUCAUCACAGCAUCAGACGUUCAGGGUCUCCAACCAUCUGUUCCUAACAAGGUGCCCUGUUGAAUACUAACGAGUCUGUAGCAGGUACAAGCAUAAAUGGCACAAUUAGGUCCAGAGGGUGUUCUUUUCCAUUGGUGACCAAUGAGCUGCACUCACGAAACAUGCCAAAACCGAAUCAGAGGUAUUGCCUUUAAAGU